UGGCAAUUACACUAGGUACAACAACCGCUGUCAACGCCCGCCGAGCGUGUCCCAAAGGUCGGCCUUUGUGACACCAACACCACCUACUCUGCCCAGCCGCCGCCCAGCGCGUCUUUCCUCGAUCUGGCGUUUAGGCCUGCCGCCGCUAUCUUCCCAGUCCAUCCCAAGAACCUUGAAGUUCGAAGACAAAAGAUGAACACGAAGCAGGUUUCUCAAUGGUGCUUAAUCUCGAUACUUCCUUGUAACCAUUGUUAUUACAAUCAACAUGCCGCGCUCACUCUUCUCCACCACCCUAUGUGCUCUUCCGGCGAAAGCCACAUCCAAUGGCACCGUCUGCCCCGGUUGACGAUUGCACUAGCUGCAUACGGGGUCUGCGGUCUAGACCUCACAGCCACCAUCGUCCAUCAGGCUGUUGGCCAAUCAUCCCCCAAUUUCCAACCUUCAGCGGCUCCUCCGGGGGGCCAUCCACCAAGUCUCUCGCACACUGUCAACCACGCCGCCGGCCCGACGUCUCUGGCGCGUUCUUUGUGGGUGGUUGAUGACGACUGCAACAACGUCCUUUACUGUGUGCAUUCCUCGUAUUCAGUGCUUGCAUGCCUGCUCUGUUUGCCGCGACAACCGAAUUAUGCCUCUGAGAGCCUGGCAGCCGAACGUUCGUGUUAUGUCUGUUGGGAUGCUUGGGUUGUCGAUGCAGCAGCUGAACAACCAGAAUUCCGACGCACACAUACUCACACUCACUCACUCACACGCACAUGUACAGAGUACAUAUACAUGCAUACAUGUACAAACACAACAGAGUGAACCGCCAUCAUCAUGACGCCCGGCUUGCCGAUGUUCCGAUGUACUGUGUUUGAACCAUCACCAUCCAUGCUUGCCAUCCAGAAGCUGGCCGAAAUGGUCCCACGGACGGCCGAGGCCCACCAAAAGGCCAACCAAAAGACAA